AUGUCUGCCACGGAGGUGUCAUGCCUUGUGCAACCAGACUCCCGAGGCCCCCAGAAGAGCUCAGGGUCCUGGGCCCAGUCUGUGCUGACUCAGCCAUCUGCAACGUCUGAGUCUGUGGGGAAUACGGUCACCCUCUCCUGCACUGGAGGCAGCAGUAAUGUUGGCCGUGGAGAUGUAUCCUGGUACCAGCAGCUUCUUGAGAGUCCCCCAAAACUCCUCAUUUAUGGUAGCAGUGCUAGGCCCUCAGGUGUCCCAGCCCGAUUCUCAGGCUCCAGGUCAGGGAACAUGGCCACCCUGAGCAUCUCUGGACUCCAGCCAGAAGAUGAGGCUGACUAUUACUGCUCAGUCUGGGACAGCAGCAUCAAUGCUCACACAGUGCUCCAGGCCAGUGGGGAAACCUUCAGCAAGAGCCAGAAGGCCCACAGGGGCUGGAAGGCAGCCUUUGCUCCUGCCAUUAACUCCCGCUUCCUUCAGGCUUCAGUCCCCAAGUGUGUGCCCUCACCUCCCGCCGCCCAGUGUCCACAUCCUCACCUCCCGCUGCCCAGUGUCCGCGCCCGACCCUCGCGCUGCCCAGUGUCCGCGCCCCACCUUCCUAUUCUCCUUUGCACGCGCCUCAAACACGCGCUGAGCUGUGCACGCGCCCGAACCUCAUUCUUCCUGUGCACGCGCGCUUGUUCUGGGCACGUGCCCACUCCUAGGAGACAGAUUCAAAAGCUGCGUUCCAGGGACAGGCUCAACACUGCGGGCUUCGCCUGUGGCCGCGUUGGCGACUAA